ACAACUUGAGAAGAGAUAUUUACUGGUGUAUAUUUUUGUGGAUCAAGACUCGGAAUAAAUCAUACAAUAUGUCUACUAGCCAACGUAGCGAGAAAAUGAACUAUGAUGAGACUGAUAGAAGAUUCAGUAAUGGACCACUCUAUAUACAGAUAUCACUACCGUCUUCUAGAAUAGAAUUACAACCAAAUCAUAUACUCUAUAAGGAUGAUGAACGUGGAAGAAUGGUACCAGUAUAUGUCAAGGACAUAACGCAACGAGAUUAUCUGUAUGUGAUUCGAGAUGGUAAAAAGGUAACGGAGGGUGUGAUAGAAGUAAAGAAGGUCAACAAACAAUAUUUGACUGAAUCUGAUGUUGAAGGUGGUAUGAUCAUAGUAAACAAUAUUCUGAUGCAAAAAUAAAUGAUGUUCACUAGUAGUUCACAAUAUAACAAUGCUGUAGAACCACCAAUUAUAUAAAUAAAGAUAAAAUUUAUUAUUCGA